AUGCAAAAGACGUUUCGAAUCGUUCGUCAAAGGGAAAACAAAGGAUAUCCAUGUUUUCUCGACAUUAAUCGUCAGAUUUGUACUAACUCUUCAAAUUCCGCGUUGCUCUUCAGCAAUCAAGUUGUGAUACUGGCCUAUCGUUGACAAAAUAAUCACGAAGGAAAAUGGAACAGUUAUUUGAACUUCGCCCGCGAAAAGAUUUACUAGAUCCUACCUUCGAAGGUUACAAACUGAGUUUGAAUUCAUUGCCUGUUUACAAACAUGACGUACCUGUUGCUGUGGAACACUUAAAGCCAAAUGAUGAACAGUUUUCCUUUCAACACGUGAAAACUUUUGGGUUGCACAAUCAUUUGAUUGAUGACCCUUGGCAUGAUGAAAUUGCCUUUUUUAUAUCGAAAGACCUGCAAAUCUUCAAGAUUAACCUGCAUUCCUUGGUUAGCCAAAGCCCAGAAUUCAAAUCAGUUUGGCAAAUACCACGGCAUCUUGAAAGUAGAAAUGGUUGGUUUAAUGCAUCUUUAAGCUUUGCUGGGCCAGAGCUUGCAGUUGUGACUGAUGGAGGAGGUGUCUUACAUAUUUUAGACACAGGUGUGCGCACCCCAACAAAUUCUCAUCUGUGGCAGGCCAAACUCACUAGUGAAGCUCUCGGCAAAAGUGAACCAUUUAAGAUUACCCAUUCAAUGCUUAAUACUAUAGAAAGUAAUCAAUCAGAGACCCUUUCUAUUCUGGCCCUUAAAGUUGAGUCUCUUGAUAAAGUUGAAAGCCAAGUUGCCCUGUCUGUCUUUGGUUGCAGUGAGAAGGAAACUCCAUUCAUUAACUGUUUGGAAUGGGUGCAGUAUGAACAUGUAGACGGACAUUGGUCUUUCAAGCAACUCAAACGUUUAGCUAUACCUCACGGCUUAGAUUACGCUUCUGUUUUGAGCCCUGGUAAAGCGCUGUGCCUUAUUGCCCGAGAACCUCUUGGCAUUAUAUUCGAUUCGAACAAGGAUGUGGCUACGCCGUUAGCAAAUAGCACAACAACGGAAGAUGAAGCCGAAACUAAGAUUGCCUACACUUGGAUGGAAAGCCCAGAGGAAGUGACUGUAUGGAUAACAUUUGACAAACAGACGUCGAAGCACGAUUUGGUCGUUAAAAUUGAAAGUCAGGCAUUGAAAGUUGUGUAUAAAAAUCAAACAUAUUUGGUUGGCGAGUUGGCUCAUCCCAUUUCGGUCGAGUCCAGUACGUGGACACUGUCGGAUGGGAAACUGGAGAUUAUCUUAUCAAAAGUUGACAAGUCACUGAGUUGGAAUCAUCUUAUCCAAAGUGAUCUUCGUGGUCGAAAAGUCCUGGACCCCGAAACAGCCGCCGAUUAUGAGAGCGUAAUUAACAUGGGCAUGAAAGAAACGCAAGCAGAGAGCGGUGGUCGACCUCCUGUUUUCAGCAGUGAACAACUAGAGGAAUGUGAUGAUAUGCCCAUGGAUGAGUCGUGUAUUUUUCGUUUUGAUGGAGAAACUAACGAAUUCACACACAAAGCAAUACUGAGUGGACAGCUUCUGUUUUUUACUCAGUCCGCUCCUGGGUUGGCACCAGCCUUCUGUUUACGUCACGACGUCGAUGGUCUUAUUUGGCAGCCUAUGGGCGACGAACUAGAACAAUCCUGGGGAUGCUUGCACACGGCUGCACUGCAGGCCUUGGGCUACAUCCAGGCUUCUAAGGAGCAACGGAAAUUUACCGUAGCACCGCCUAAUAUGACGUACGCAGCGUUGUGCGAUGCCUUCAGUCAUGUUUACAUAUACCGCCAAUCGACUUGCACUUCGGCUGGAGUGGAAAUGGUCCAUCGACCUACAGGCCGACGGGUGGGUAACAUUGCUCGUCAACAAGUUCUCAAUAUCGAUAGUCCAGAAGAAUGUCUGGGUGCGCUGGCGACAAACAGUUUUUUGCUUCUUCUGACAUCGUCGUCUCUUUUUGCUAUUCGUGUAAAUAGCGAUUGAAACCUCUAAUCUUUCAGUUGCUUCCUGUAAUUGAAUCAAUACCUUUUCUGAUCCAAAUGCAAUUUUUGUUAAUUUCA